AUGAACCACCACCCGCCGCUUGCCACCUCCGCCGCUGCUGCCGAAGAGGACAAAGACGACGUGGGCACGUGUUCCGUCUGUUUUCUCGCCUUCAGCGCGAGCGAGGCCGACCGCGUGCCGCGGUUGCUCAAGUGCGGCCACUCCUUUUGCACCGCUUGCCUCAGCCACCUCCUUGCGUCCCCCACUCCAACUCCCACCGCCAACUCCGAAGCCGAACUGGAGGAGGCCACGUGGCCUCUGCGGUGCCCCAAGUGCCGCACCGAGACCCGUGUUCUUCUGGUCGACGGUGAGGUCGCGGCGGGCGUGAAGGGCCUGCCGCGCAACUUUGACCUCAUCGACCUCCUCUCCUCGGCCCUGAGGCAGCCGCGGCCGACUGGAGAAACCUGCGCCAUGGCGGCGCUCAAAUGCGCCAACUGCAGCCAACCGGCGGCGGAGAAGUUCUGCGAGCAGUGCGGCGGCGCCCACCUGUGCGUGUCGUGCGAUCACCAGAUCCACGCGUUCCCUGCGCUGCGGAGCCACAGGCGUGUGGCGUCGACCGACGCGCCGCACGCGCCGGGUCCCUCCACCUGCGAGCGCCACCGGGGCAAGAAGGCCAAGAUGUGGUGCGAGCACGACGGCGUGGCCGUGUGCACGAUGUGUCUCAUUGUGGGACCGCACAAGGGGCACGACGCCGUCACGAUCGAGGAGGCCGUGGAGCGAGUGCGCGAGGCCGCGCUGGUCGAUCUGGCCCAGGUCGAGGCCGCCAUGGGCGAGGUCGAGGCAGCCGUGGAGCGCCAGGCGGCGCACGAGGCCGGCGAGCAGGAGAGCGCGCGCGAGGCGCGGGCUGCCAUUAAGCAGCACUUUGACCGGAUGCGCGAGGCCGUGGCGCAGCGCGAGAGGGCGCUCGGCGCCGAGCUCGACGAGUGGGAGCACACGAGGGCCGAGGCGGCGGCCAAGCGGCGGGCCGAGCUGGCGGGGGCCCAGACGCGACUGGCAGCAGCCGGGAAGGCCCUCCAGCAGCAGCUGCAGCUGCAGCACGGCGGGCUCGGUCGGUCAGCCACUUCGAGCGAUUCCGCGCCCUGCCAGGAGGCGAGGACUGCGGCAGCGGCGGUGACAGGAACGCAGGCGAGCAGCAGCAGCAUCGCAUUCACAAGCGAAGACACGUGGGUCCAGGUGGUGGGCUCCUCGGGUCGCCUGGAGCGGCGCGUGGCUGCUACUGAUGCCGGUGGCGUUGUGCGCGACUACGCCGCCAUGACAGCUGCCCAGCGCACUUUCGGUUCGGGUGCCCAGUUAAGAUGCCCAUGGGGCGUGGCGGUCGACGCGGCAACUGGCCACAUCGUUGUGGCCGAUUUCGACGGAAGGCGGGUCCACGUAUGGCGCUCCGACGACGGGUCCUGCGUCCGCUCUUUCCUCAACCAUGGUUCCGGCCCCGCCCAGUUCCGAUGCCCGCGCGGCGUGGCGGUCGACGAGGAGGGCCACAUCAUCGUGGCCGACUGCUUCAACCAUCGGGUGCAGGUGUGGCGCGCCAACGACGGGACCUGCCUACGCAUCUUCGGCUCCGAGGGCAACAACCGGGUGCACGUGUGGCGCACCGAUGGGUCCUUCAUCUGCACCUUCGGCUCCGCGGGUCGUGGCUAUGGUCAGUUCAUGAACCCCAUGGGUGUGGCGGUCGAUACGACGACGGGCUACGUCGUCGUGGCCGAUUACGGCAACCACCGGGUGCAGUUCAACGGUCCUGCGGGCGUGGCGGUCGACGCAGCGACGGGCAACAUCAUCGUGGCCGACAGCAGCAACAAACGGGUUCAGGUGUGGUAA